AUGAGUGGAUGCAAGGCAAGAGGGAUAAAGCUAUGGGCGGCAAUAUCAUCGGCGGGGCUAAUCUCUGCGUAUGCUUCGAAGAAUCCACCGCAAAACCAAGAAGAGAAAUACGCCGUGGUGACUCUUUCGGACUGUCGUUCCAUUCUUGAACCUCCUCUUACUCCUAAUGACUUUGGUUUCUACCACUCAGGGAUCCUUCACACACACGACAUAACCGGAGGAGAAAAGCUCUGGGACUUGGCCAAGAGAUGCUACGACUCGUUCACGUCCGCAAAGAACUCCAACAAGCAUUUCACUGACAUGUCGGACCUCAAUUUCCUAAUGUGCAAGGCCAUAGAGAACCCUAACUUAACUCCUUCCUCGUCUCUUAGAACCGCUUUAAUCUCCAUAUUUGAAGAUCCGGUGACCGACGAGUACACGGAACCAGCACUGGUUUCGGUAGGGGUAAGAGAUUACAUAGGAUGUGCAUCGAUCCACGGCGUUGGACCAUCCAUUGCGGUUUUCGAUUCGCUUAGAGAUGGAAAAUUGGACUGUGCGUUUGUGUAUCCUUCGCCGUUGCACUCGAGAGAGCAGAUGGAUGGGUUGGUUCAACAUAUGAAAGCUAUUCUUUUGGAAGGAUCUGCUUCUUCCUUUUGA